CUGAAUUGAAUAAUUUUCAAAUAUUAAAAUGUUUUAAUUUAUUUGUAAAAUAAAUUUAAAUCUAUUUAUAAAUUAUUCAUGAAUAUUUUAAAUUCAACAAUUCAAUAUGAUGAAAUUAUUGAAUCAAAUAUUGAUCCAAUAUGGUUAUGUACAUUAAUUCUACUUGGUUCUGUAUCAUUAUUAGGUACAAUUGGUAAUUUACUUGUAUUAGGUGUUUAUAUUCAACAACAUUUUUGGCCACAUUUACAUUUAAAAUAUAGACAAGUUUAUUAUAAUCAAAAAUUAAGUAUAUUAAAUACAAAUGAAUUAUGUUCUACAACAACAAGAACAACACCAUCCACUUAUCUUCAUGAUAAUAAUAAUAAUAAUAAUGAUCAUCCUAUUCAUCAUAUAAUACAAAUUCAUGAAUCUAAUGAACAAUUAUUUACUAAAACUACUGGUACACCAACAUUUUUUAUUCUUGUAUUAGCAUGUGUUGAUUUAAUGGUAUGUUGUUUUGUUGUACCAUUAACAUUCUAUAUGGAAUAUAUACAUUUACAACCAUCUACAGAUAUAUGGUGUAAAACACAUGCAUUUUUAAAUAUAUGUAAUAUAAUGUUUAGUUCAUUAUUAAUUAUAGCAAUUGCAUUAGAACGAUAUCUUACUAUAUGUCAUCCAUUACGUCGUAUAUUAACUAUGAAACGUGCUAAAUAUUUAACAUUAUGUUUAGCUAUAUUUUGUAUUAUAUAUGGUAUACUUGGUGCAUUACAUCAUAGUUUAGGUAUAACUAAUGAUGAACCAUAUAUAAAACAAUGUUGUGAUACACCAGAAAUACCAAAUGCUACAUAUAUAGAUAAAUUAACAUAUGAUAUAUUACAAAAAGGGAAUACAGCUAGUUUUAUAUUAUCAAUUCUAUCAGUGAUUAUAUUAUAUUCAUUAAUUUUACGAGUUGUUAUUAAAACACAUCGAGCUCAACGUUAUACACCAAUAAUCAAUAAUAAUAAUAAUAAUAUGAAUAUGAAUAUGAAUACUAUUUCAUAUAAACCUAUUAUAAUGGAUAAUACAAAAAUAUUAAAUAUCCAUCGAAAAAGUCCCAUUUCAUCAAAUGAUUUAAACAAUACUACUACUACUACUACUACUAAUAAUAAUAAUAAUAAUAAUAAUGAUAAUAAUAAUAAGAAUAGUACUACUGAUCAUACUACUGAUAAUACUACUGAUGAUCAUAAUAAUAUUGAACAUUUAAUCGAUAAUAUUCAACAUUUAAAUCAACAUCGUAAAAGUAUUACUAAUAGAAUAAAAAUGAAUUUAUCAAUAAAAAAUAUAACAGAAAGUACAUUAUGGAGAGAAAUACGUUCAGCUAGUGUAUUAUUUGUUGUAGCUGUUGUAUAUAUUAUUGUAUUUACACCAGCUUUAUUAACAGCUAAUAAAUUAGUACAAUUUAAUUUACUUGCAUAUAAUACAUAUUACUUAAAUAAUAUGUCAAAUCCAUUAAUUUAUUGUUUUAUGAGUAAUGCAUUUAGAAAAAAAUUAAAAAUUUUAUUAUUUAAUAAUAUUAUAUCAUAUAAAUGUUGUUCUAUUAAACAUAAUAAUAAAUUAUUUUAUCAUUCACAACAACAACAACGACAACAACAACAUCAACGACAACAGCAUGGACGAUUUCAUCAACCACCACCACAACAACAACAACAUCAACGUCGUAAACAACAUUUAAGAGCAAGAGAAUUAAUCAAUAAUAUUCGUAAUAAUAAUAAUAGUAAUGAUAACAAUAAUAAUAUGAAUAAUAAACAUAAAACUCAUAUAGUCAUUACUGUACUGUUUAAUGAUGAAAAUUGUAAAGAAAAACUUGGUGGUCAAACAUGA